AUGUUGCGGUUUCUGAAGUCUCGCCUGCCAUGUUCCUGGCAGCGAGGCAUCUCUUCUUCGCAUGUCCUUACAAACCGAACCUACUUCAAGUCAUGGCCUGGGCGAUGGUCACAUACAUGUUCACCUAAGCGCCAAGCAAGUUCAGCGCCAGGCUCGGGCGUAUGGGGAAGGCUGCUGGCGCAUAGUAGCAUCGGUCCUGUUCUACAAGGAUAUGCGAAAAUCCAGGCCCAGCGACCGUAUACCACGCAAAUAUGCACAUCAAUAGUCAUUUGGCUGUGCGGCGAUCUGAGUGCGCAGUUGUUUCCGUCCGAGCCAAUUGAUGGAAACCUCGACAAAAGUCAAGAUCUACAGAGAUGGGACCCUUGGCGGACAGCAAGACAUCUGACUGUCGGGAUAAUGGCCAGCGUUCCCUCCUAUGAAUGGUUCAUGUUUCUACACCGCAGAUUCAAUUUCGCUUCUAGUACUGCGUCGCUCGCUACUAAAGUACUUGUUCAACAAGCAGUAUAUACACCUGUUUUUAACACCUACUUCUUCACUAUGCAGUCGCUUCUAUCAGGGGCAUCGGUUGAACAAACCCUCACGCGCUUACAACUCGCCCUCCCAGCAAGUAUUGUGAAUGGCUGGAAGGUGUGGUCGGGCGUGGCUAUCGUUAGCUUUAUGUACAUACCGCCUCAAUUCCGAAGUGUGUUUUCCGGAUGCGUUGCAGUGGCAUGGCAGAGCUAUCUGAGCUGGACGAAUCGGAAUAUUGAGAGGAAAGUCCCUAGAAGGACUGGAGAGACACACGGUGGGGACACCAGACUUUGA